AUGGAGCACGCCCAGCUCACUGAAGAAGCGCUCCAGCAGAGCGCCGCACUUUCGGAGGAUGACGACUCGCAGCGCGGGGCUUAUACGAAGAAGAGUCGUUCAUACCAGUCGUCUCGGAUGGAUUUUGACGGUGAUCGAGACACAGACGACCUGGAGAUGGCCGAAAGCCACCAGACUAGGAACGGCUCCCGAGCCUGGGAAGACGGCGCUAGCGACGAUGGUGAAUUCGAUGAUGGCUAUGAGAUGGCGCCGGGAGGCCCUGCGGAUACUAGCGAACUUGUUGAAGAUGAUAUUGAGGACGGCGCCGAAGGUGAAGAAGAUGAUGGAGACGAUGACGAAGGUGUCGGCGCAGUGAAGCACACCAACACUGCGCCCGAACUGCACGGUCUGCAUCCCCCAAAAUCCGACGAUGAAGACCGCGCCAUGUCCAAUGCCAGCGACGAUUCCUUGCAAGCUGAAGCUGACGGCAAAUCUGGCGUAUCUACCACUGGAGAUGUUGUGUCCGCACUAGCAUUCCACACGAGAGACGGCCAUUCUCCGUCCCAGGAAAGCCGUUCGACAUCGGAAGGAGACGUUUCAGAGACACCACGGCACCUCCGGAAGCGCAAAACAUCGCCGAUGGAGGUGGUAGAUGAUGGGGCCGCAAGCCUCCGAAAACGCAGGCGGAAUCCCUCAGAUGGUCGACAGACGUCCUCGGAAGGAACACCCGGAUCUGAUUCGCCGGGCCCGCAAGCAGCGCGGACACUUCGACUUCGGCUCGCGCGGCAAAGGCGCGAUGCGCUCCGCACGGCGCUUUCACAACGUUACCUCCCGGAGCGCAAACGGUCUAAUCGAGUCAUAACCCCACGUCCGUCGAGGACCAAUGGCUCGAGAGCGCAGGAGUGGAGUCCGGAACCCAUGAUCGCGCCGUUUGUGUCCACAACGUACUCGCAGCCAUUCUAUUCCUUUUUUGAUAAGGAAUCUGACGAAGUCAAAGGAAAGCCCUACGGAGGGAUCCUGACCGAGGCAGAGGCAGAUACGUCAAAAACGCUACCUUCCAACGAUGACAGGCGUCACUUUGAUGAGGCAAAGCAGCGGGCGGAGGCCGAAUGGAAGGCGCGGAUCAUUGCUAUGCAAGAAGAGAUCCAAAUGCCCCUCAAAAAGCCGAAGAAAGGUGCGGGACCGGCGAGCCAGAUCGAGUGCAUUGAGUUUGGCGGCUGGGAGAUUGAUACGUGGUAUGCGGCACCGUAUCCGGAGGAGUACAGCCGGAAUCGGGUUCUUUACAUCUGCGAGUUUUGUCUAAAGUACAUGAACUCGGACUACGUUGCCUGGAGGCAUAAGCUGAAAUGCCCGAUACGGGAACCUGCUUAUCGACUUUUCCUACCUGCUCACGCGGGCGGAACAGCGGACGGGGUCCCCGAGAAGCCGCUGUCCGACAUGGGCCUCGUUUCUUACCGCAAUUAUUGGCGCCUGAUCAUGUGCAAAUAUCUUCUUGAACAGGCGGGAGACCAGGGAAGGAGUGGCAAGAUGCUGGGGCUAAGCAUACGAAAAAUCUCAGAGGACACGGGCAUGACGGCCGACGACGUCAUCUCCGCGCUCGAGGGCCUCCUGGGAGGCGAAAAAUACGUCCGCCUGAACCCGAAAGCGCUCACAUGGACCCCCUACGUGAUGGGGCGAAGCAGCGCGAUGAACUUUGAGCUCGGACCGGCGAUCACGGCUAUCGCGCCUCGCGAAGACGACGACGGCGGUGAGCCCACGGGUCUCGAGGUGCUGCCGGAUACCGCUACCAACGUCGAGCUGGCUAAUGGCCAUGACCAACUAAAGCCGGAGCACGACCUCGUCAACGGGCCCGGAACGGAGGACAAAGAAAAUAACCAAGGGAAGCAAAACGAAGCGGACGAGAGAACCAAGAGGCCCGGCGCGGACUCGGAGCAGAAGGAGGACGCCUGGUCUACGCAGUAUGAGACUAUUCCGCCCAUGCGCUUCGAGGUGUUUCCCCAACGGUGGGCUCACGUCGCGUGGAGAAGCCUCGACCGACCGUCAUCCGGCCGCCCAGUAUCCCGGUGGCGGUUAGCACGCCGCGACCUCGUGCGCCAGCUAGCGGCGGCGGCGGCGGCGGCGGAGGCGAAGAGCGACUACGGUAAUGCCGAUAGUGGCCCCGGCCUGCCCCCAGCGUGGAUCGAGCGGCAACGGCAGGAAGCCCUCACGUCUGGCAAGAAGGCAACGGGAUCGUCGAACGACGACGGCAAAGAAAUGAAGGAUGUUGUUCGGGUUCAGGUCGCUGCACCGAGGCAGGAGACCAGUCAAGACGAAGUUGUGGUCAAGGGGCCCCGGGCUGUGGUCAGUGGCGGGGCGAGGAGCGCCUUGGCUAAUGCUGCGGCCGACGGCAUCGUGGUAGACGGUGUUGGCGAUGAGGAUAUGGAUGCGGAGGGUGAGGACGAAUGA